ACAGCAACAUUCACACCCCGAUGUCAUCUGAGGCACACACACUCCGAUGCCGUCAGUGGCAAACACACUCCGAUGCCAUCAGUGGCAUACACACUCCAAUGCCGUCAGUGGCAUACACACCACGAAACCAUCAGUGGCAUACACACUCCGAUGCCGUCAGUGGCAUACACACUCCGAUGACGUCAGUGGCAUACACACUUCGAUGCCAUCAGUGGCAUACACACUCCGAUGCCUUCAGUGGCAUACACACUCCGAUGCCAUCAGUGGCAUACACACUCCGAUGCCGUCAGUGGCAUACACACUCCGAUGCCAUCAGUGGCAUACACACUCCGAUGCCGUCAGUGGCAUACACACCACGAAACCAUCAGUGGCAUACACACUCCGAUGCCAACAGCAACAUUCACACCCCGAUGUCAUCUGAGGCACACACACUCCGAUGCCGUCAGUGGCAAACACACUCCGAUGCCAUCAGUGGCAUACACACUCCAAUGCCGUCAGUGGCAUACACACCACGAAACCAUCAGUGGCAUACACACUCCGAUGCCGUCAGUGGCAUACACACUCCGAUGACGUCAGUGGCAUACACACUUCGAUGCCAUCAGUGGCAUACACACUCCGAUGACUUCAGUGGCAUACACACUCCGAUGCCAUCAGUGGCAUACACACUCCGAUGCCGUCAGUGGCAUACACACUCCGAUGCCAUCAGUGGCAUACACACUCCGAUGACUUCACUGGCAUACACACUCCGAUGCCGUCAGUGGCAUACACACUCCGAUGCCAUCAGCGGCAUACACACUCCGAUGACUUCAGUGGCAUUUACACCCCGAUGCCAUCAGAGGCAUACACACCAGAGUAUUUGAUGAGACACGUAUAUCUGUAUGGU